AUGAAGCGCAGCAAGCACCGCGGACACAAGGAGGACAGGAACGGAGAUGAGCCCGCUAUCCUGGAGACGGAGGACCUGGACCGUCAGGGCAUGUUCAUGGGAGGAGGCCCCGACCCCGACACCAUCUCCCUGGCCUCCGUCACAGCCGUCACCACCAACGUUUCAAACAAGAGAUCAAAGCCAGACAUAAAGAUGGAGCCCAGUUCUGGAAGACCGGUGGAUUACCAGAUCAGUGUGACGGUGAUCGAGGCGAGGCAGCUGAUUGGUCUGAACAUGGACCCCAUGGUGUGUGUGGAGAUCGGAGACGAUAAAAAGUACACCUCGAUGAAGGAGUCCACCAACUGCCCGUACUACAACGAAUAUUUUGUGUUUGACUUCCACGUCCCUCCAGAUGUCAUGUUUGACAAAAUCCUGAAGCUGUCUGUGAUCCACUCCAAAAAUCUUCUGCGUAGUGGAACGCUGGUUGGAUCGUUUAAGCUGGAUGUUGGCACGAUCUACUCCAAUCCUGAGCAUCAGUUUUACCACAAGUGGGCGCUGCUGUCCGACCCUGAGGACAUCUCGGCGGGGUGCAAAGGCUACAUCAAGUGUGACGUGACAGUCGUGGCCAAAGGAGACACCAUCAAGACUCCACACAAGGCCAACGAGUCGGAUGAGGACGACAUAGAGGGCAAUCUCUUGAUACCAGAGGGCGUUCCUGCAGAGCGACAGUGGGCUCGUUAUUACCUGAAGAUCUACCGAGCCGAGGGCCUCCCCAGGAUGAACACCAGUAUCAUGGCCAACGUGAAGAAGGCCUUCAUCGGGGAAAACAAGGACCUGGUGGACCCUUAUGUCCAAGUUCUGUUUGCUGGGCAGAAAGGGAAAACAUCAGUGCAGAAGAGCUGCUACGAGCCCAUCUGGAACGAGCAGAUCGUCUUCACCGAGAUGUUUCCGCCGCUCUGCAAGCGCAUGAAGAUCCAGAUCCGCGACUCGGACAAAGUGAACGAUGUGGCGAUAGGAACACACUUCCUGGACCUGAGGAAUAUUUCAAAUGAUGGAGACAAAGGCUUCCUCCCCACCCUGGGCCCGGCCUGGGUGAACAUGUACGGCUCCACCCGCACCUACACCCUGAUGGACGAGUACCAGGAGCUGAACGAGGGCCUGGGGGAGGGCGUGUCCUUCAGGGCCCGUCUGCUCCUCAACCUGGGGGUGGAGAUCCUGGACCCGUCCUCCCCCGAAAUCACCAGCUCUACCGACGUGCAGCUGGAGGGGGUGUCCAACAUCUCAGAGACGGCUACCGGGAAGGUUGAGGAGUUCUUCCUCUUCGGCUCCUUCCUGGAGGCCACGAUGAUCGACAGGAAGAUCGGAGAUAAGCCGAUAAACUUUGAGGUCACCAUAGGAUACUACGGAAAUGAGAUUGAUGGGAUGGCCAAGCCGAAGAUGAAGGGGAAGAAGGGCGGAGGAGACGGAGAGGAGGAGGAAACCGAGCUGAUCCACAACUCCAGUGACGAGGAGAUGGACGACGACCGAGAUCUGUCCUCUGUGGCGACGACUCCACCCAUGAAGCCUGUCAUCACUGACCGGAACUACUUCCACCUGCCGUACUUUGAGAGGAAGCCGUGCAUCUACAUCAAGAGCUGGUGGCAGGACCAGAGGAGGAGGCUAUACAACGCCAACAUCAUCGACAACGUUGCAGACAAACUGGAGGACGGGCUGAACGACGUGCAGGAGAUCAUCAAGACGGAGAAAACGUAUCCUGAGCGCAGACUGAGAGGCGUCCUCGAGGAACUCAGCCAGGGCUGCAGUCAGUUCCUCGCGCUGGCAAACAAGGACCAGAAUCAGUCGGGCAGAACCAAACUGGACAGAGAGAGAGUGAAGCUGUGCAUGGCAGAAAUGGAGAGCAUCGGACAGCAGGCUAAAACCAUGAGGACUCAGGUGAAGAAGAGCACCGUGAGGGAUAAAAUCAAGCUGGCUCAGAACUUCCUCACAAAGCUGCGUUUCCUGGCAGACGAACCUCAGCACAGCGUCCCUGACGUCUUCAUCUGGAUGAUCAGUAAUGGGAAACGCAUCGCUUACGCCCGCGUUCCCUCCAAAGACAUCCUGUACUCCGGCGUGGAGGAGGAGACCGGGAAGGACUGCGGGAAGGUCAAAACCAUUUUCCUGAGGAUCCCGGGUAAGAAGGGCUUCGGCCCGGCUGGCUGGACGGUGCAGUCUAAGAUCGAGAUCUACCUGUGGCUGGGUCUGACCAAACAGCGUAAGGACUACCUGAACGGCCUGCCCAACGGAUUCGAGGAGAACAAACUCUCCAAAGGACCCGGCAUGCCGUGCUCCCCCCCCAUCAGCCUCACCUACAUGAUGAAGCAGAUCUUCCAGCUGAGGGUGCACAUGUACCAGGCUCGCAGUCUGUUUGCCGCCGACAGCACGGGGCUCUCCGACCCCUUCGCUCGAGUUUUCUUCUCCACACAGAGCCAGGUCACUGAGGUGCUGGCGGAGACUCUGUGCCCCACGUGGGACCAGCUGAUGGUGUUUGAGAACGUGGAGUUGUUCGGAGAGGCCACCGAGCUGAGAGACGACCCUCCCAUCAUCGUCAUCGAGAUCUACGACCAAGACACAGUGGGGAAAGCCGAGUUCAUGGGCAGGACUUUUGCAAAGCCCGUGGUGAAGAUGGCCGACGAGCAUUACGGACCCCCACGCUUCCCCCCCCAGCUGGAGUAUUACCAGAUCUACCGCGGGAACUGCACCGCCGGAGAAAUGCUGGCAGCCUUCGAACUACUGCAGAUUGGCCCCAAUGGAAAGGCUGACCUGCCUCCCAUAGACGGCCCCACAGAUAUGGAACGAGGCCCCAUCCUGCCGGUUCCUCUGGGGAUCAGACCGGUGCUCAGCAAGUACAGGAUCGAGGUUCUGUUCUGGGGUCUGAGGGACCUGAAGAGGGUGAACCUGGCUCAGGUGGAUCGGCCUCGUGUGGACAUUGAAUGUGCCGGAAAGGGAGUCCAAUCCGCCCUCAUCCCCAACUACAAGAAGAACCCAAACUUUAGCACCCUGGUCAAGUGGUUUGAAGUGGAUUUGCCUGAGAACGAGCUGCUGCACCCCCCUCUGAACAUCCGGGUCGUGGACUGCAGAGCGUUCGGACGCUACACUCUGGUCGGGUCCAACGCCGUCACCAGCCUGCGCAAAUUCAUCUACAGAGCGACGGACAAGCAGGCCAACAACUGGACCGCCACAGAGGAGAUAGUCGUGGUCAGCUUGGAUCCUGAGCCUGGAUAUAAGAAGAUGGAGACCGUGGUCAAACUGGGCUCUUGCUCUGAUGCUGUGGUGAAGGUGGAGGACGAUGACAAGGAGGGAAAGGGAAAGAAGAAGAAGAGGAAGAAGGGCGAUGAGGUCGAAGAGGAGGAACUGGAUGAGAGCAUGUUGGACUGGUGGUCCAAAUACUUCGCCUCCAUUGAAACUCUAACGGAGAUUCUGAAGUCUCAGGAAGCUGCUCUUUCAGACUCAGAGGACAAAGAUGACAUGGACAUUGCAGAUGGAGAUAUCAGACCUGAUGAGGCUCCGGUGAAAAGCGCCAAGAGAGGGAAAGGGAAGAAGAAGAAGGCGGGACUCGAUCCCUUCGAGAAGAAGAAGCCAAAACUGGAUGAACUGAAGGUGUACCCGAAGGAGCUGGAGAGUGAGUUUGAUAACUUUGAGGACUGGCUGCACAGCUUCAACCUGUUCAGGGGGAAGGGAGGAGACGAUGAAGACCAGACCGGCUCGGAUGAGGACAGAAUUGUUGGGAAAUUCAAAGGCUCAAUGUGCAUGUACAAAGUGUCCGACGACAUGUCCAGAGACAUGAGCUUCGAAUCCAAUAUGGGAAUGUUCCAGAACAUUCCUCACAACGAUCCCAUCAACAUCCUCGUCCGCAUUUACGUCAUCAGGGCUACUGAUCUGCAUCCAGCCGACAUUAACGGGAAAGCCGAUCCAUACAUCGCUAUCAAACUGGGAAAGACGGAGAUCAAAGACAAAGAGAACUACAUCUCAAAGCAGCUCAACCCUCUGUUUGGGAAAUCCUUUGACGUGGAGGCCACAUUCCCGAUGGACUCCACCCUCACGGUGUCGAUCUACGACUGGGACCUGGUGGGAACGGACGAUCUGAUCGGAGAAACUAAACUGGACCUGGAGAACCGGUUCUACAGCAAACACAGAGCCACGUGUGGUGUCACAAGUAACUACGCCAUCCAUGGUUACAACGUGUGGCGGGACCCGAUGAAACCCACCCAGAUCCUGGCCAAGCUUUGUAAGGACGGGAAACUGGACGGACCUCACUACGGCCCGGCGGGACGAGUGAAGGUGGAGAACCGAGUGUUCAUGGCCCCGACUGAGAUAGAGGAUGAAAACGGUCUGAAGCGGCAGACGGAUGAACAUGUGGCUCUGACCGUGUUGAAGCACUGGGAGGAAAUCCCCAAGAUCGGCUGCAAACUGGUCCCAGAACACGUGGAAACCAGACCGCUGUUGCACCCCGAUAAACCAGGAAUCGAACAGGGGAGGAUUGAGAUGUGGGUGGACAUGUUCCCUAAGGAUAUGACGGCACCCGGCCCUGCCCUCGAUAUCUCACCAAGAAGACCAAAGAAGUUUGAGCUGAGGGUGAUCGUCUGGAACACGGACGAGGUCGUUCUGGAGGACGAUGAUAUCUUCACCGGAGAGAAAUCGAGUGACAUCUUUGUCCGAGGCUGGUUGAAAGGGCAGCAGGAGGACAAGCAGGACACAGACGUCCACUACCACUCCAUCACCGGCGAGGGAAACUUCAACUGGCGCUUCGUCUACCCCUUCGACUACCUCAUGGCCGAGGAGAAGAUCGUCAUCUCGAAAAAAGAGUCCAUGUUCGCCUGGGACGAGACAGAGUACAAGAUCCCCGCUCGACUGAACCUGCAAGUGUGGGACGCCGACCAUUUCUCUGCAGACGACUUCUUAGGAGCAAUUGAGCUGGACCUGAACCGUUUUCCACGUGGUGCAAAAACCGCAAAGCAGUGCACAAUCGAGAUGGUGACAAACGAAGGCGAGAUGCCCACCAUCUCCAUCUUCAAGCAGAAGAGGAUCAAGGGCUGGUGGCCGUUUGUGGCGAGAAAUGAAGACGACGAGUUUGAACUCACGGGUAAAGUGGAAGCAGAGCUGCACCUCCUCACAGGAGAGGAGGCCGAGAGGAGCCCAGUGGGAGAAGGACGAAACGAACCGGACCCACUGGAGAAACCCAACCGCCCAGACACCAGCCUCAUGUGGUUCCUCGCUCCCUUGAAGGCUGUUAAACUCUUUCUCUGCCACCAGUACAAGUGGCUGACCAUUAAGAUCGUCGCCUCUCUGCUGCUGCUGGCCAUGCUGGCUCUUUUCCUCUACAGCAUGCCUGGUUUCAUGGUCAAGAAAAUGCUGGGAGCUUGA